AUGAGCCCCACUUUUUGGAGCCAAUUGAAAUAUUAUUUCUCCGUGGAGGCACUAGAUUCUCGUAUCACGCCUGAAUUAGAUUUAAGGAAACGUCAAAAAUUGAAGGCAAAUGCCAAGAAUAACGGGAGUGAAUCAAAUGGGAAUGGUUCUGGUAACAAUAAUAACAGCAGUAACGGUAAUGGGUUCGUAGUGGCUAAAUCCCUCUGGAACACGUGGGAAUUUAAAUUUUAUUAUGUAGCAUUCGCUAUUGUGGUACCAUGUAUGUUUAAGACUGCCAUGGAUGCAAGCAAUGAAACAAAUCCAAACUAUUAUAGAUACGAAGGAUAUCUUUCUCAAGGUUGGCUAUUUGGAAGAAAAGUCGACAAUAGUGAUGCUCAAUACCGUUUCUUUAGGGAUAACCUAUUCCUUUUAACUUCAUUAAUGUUAAUUCAUGUCUUGAUCAAAAGAAUUGCAAUUACCAAAUUCCAUGUUCCUAAAUUGAGAUUUGAUUUCAUUUUUGGUUUAAUUUUCUUAUUUGCUGCACAUGGUGUUAAUUCAUUGAGGAUCUUGACUCAUAUGGGGAUUUUAUUUUCGAUAGUGAAUAUCUUUAAAAGACAAAGAUCAUUGGCUACUGCACUAUCAUGGGGUUAUGGUAUUGCAUCAUUAUUCAUUAAUGAUAAAUAUAGAACUUUUCCCUUUGGUAAUAUUCUACCCUUUUUGUCUCCAUUAGAUAAUGCUUACAGGGGAAUAAUUCCAAGGUGGGAUGUCUUUUUCAAUUUUACUCUGUUAAGGAUGUUAAGUUACAAUAUGGACUUUUUAGAAAGAUGGAAUAAACAAUUAACACCAGUGACAUCAAAUGUAAAUUCAAAUUUAGAUUUACCCUCACCAUCACGUCCUGAAUUUAGAAGAUCAAGUUCCGUUUCAACUCUGGAACCAAUCCAGGAAUCAGGUAAAGAUCAAAUUCUAAAUGAAAGAGCAAGAUUGACCGCACCACACCAUAUUCAAGAUUACAGUAUUGCUAAUUAUAUUGCGUACGUUACAUACACUCCAUUGUUUAUUGCCGGUCCUAUUAUCACUUUCAAUGAUUAUGUAUACCAAACACAACAUACGCUGCCAUCAAUUAAUAAAAAUAGGAUAUUAAUUUAUGCAUCAAGAUUCAUUUUAACACUUUUGGCCAUGGAAUUCAUUUUACAUUUCACAUAUGUGGUUGCUGUAUCCAAAACUAAAGCUUGGGAUGGCGAUACACCCUUCCAAAUUUCAAUGAUUGGAUUGUUUAAUUUGAAUAUAAUAUGGUUAAAAUUAUUGAUUCCAUGGAGAUUAUUUAGAUUGUGGGCUUUAUUAGAUGAAAUAGACACCCCAGAAAAUAUGAUUAGACUGGUGGAUAAUAAUUAUAGUGCCUUGGCGUUCUGGAGAGGUUGGCAUAGAAGUUAUAAUAAAUGGGUUGUUCGUUAUAUCUAUAUCCCAUUAGGUGGCUCGCAUAAUAGAAUUCUAACCUCUUUGGCUGUCUUCUCAUUUGUAGCCAUUUGGCACGAUAUUCAACUAAAGCUUCUUUUAUGGGGGUGGUUAAUUGUACUAUUUUUAUUGCCUGAAAUCUUUGCAACUCAAUAUUUUGCUGUUUAUAGGAAUAAGUGGUGGUACAGACACCUCUGUGCUCUAGGUGGUGCAUGCAAUAUAUGGAUGAUGAUGAUCGCUAACUUGUUUGGAUUUUGUUUAGGAUCCGAUGGGACAAAAGCCUUGCUGAAGGAAAUGUUUAGCACUUUCUCUGGGUUUACCUUCUUUAUCGUUGCUACUGGGUGUCUCUUUAUUGCUGUACAAGUUAUGUUUGAAUUAAGAGAAGAAGAGAAGAGGCAUGGUAUUAAUUUGAAAUGUUAA